GCGGAGCCCCGAAAGUGUCGCGGGAUGUAAGCGUGUUGUGUUCUCCUCGAUUAGUAAUAGAAGCUCGAAAAAUGCAGAAAAUAAGCUUCAAGCGAUAGCUGCGAACUGUGGGAGUAGCUCGAGAGGAACCGCAGUUAUGGCCACAGAUACAAGUGACAUAGCCAAGCAAGGGUAUGUCAGGAUACGGAGUCGGAACAUCGGUGUAUGGCAGCGGCGUUGGAUAGUACUGCGUAAGGCGACAAAUGCAGGACCCUGUCGCCUUGAGAAGUACUUGGAAGAGAAACAUGCACGCCAGCACACAGGACAGAAAGUGGCACCCUUGACGUCUGCCACUAGCAUCAGCCGUCUGCCAUCUAGCACCAAGAAGCAUGCCUUCUCUAUCUGCUUCCAUGAUGGCUCAGUCAAAUCUAUUGCUUGUGACUCUGACUUAGAAGCAGACACAUGGGUAAAAUUCAUGGUUCAAGAGUGCUUAGAGCCCCAACCUGGUCUCUCAGCUGGGGAACCAGAUAUCCUUAGUCCAGGAAUACAAAAGGAACUGCAAGAGCAAUUCCAUGUGUACCUGGUUCCCAGUCCAAAGUUGGACGUGUUUGGCGAGUGCCUACUUCAAGUGACACAAGAGCACAUAUAUUUGUGGGACCUUCUCAGUCCCCGAACACGACUGGCUGCCUGGCCUCUGACAGCUCUUCGGCGGUAUGGGAGCGACCCUUCAAAGUUCACAUUUGAAGCAGGAAGGCAUUGUGCAACAGGGGAAGGCAUGUUUGUUUUCCACACCUUGGAAGGUGAGAAAAUUUACAACAAGGUUCACCAAGCUACCUUAGCAAUUGCAGAUGCACACCACCGGACUCGUCUGCAUCCUUUACCCCAGAUGCAGUCGCCAAGUGCACCAUACUGCAACUCCACAAGUCCUCUGCAGCAGUUCAGCUCCUCAGAGACUCUAUCAGAACACGAACCCCUUGCGGAUGCAAUAGAUGUGCCAACAACGUCGCGUUCCUUUGAUAACAUCUUAUCACCGCGGGUGAUGUCAGGUGGCAGAGGACGAAUGACCACUCGAUGUAGCCUACGUUCCCACCUUCUGCAAUUUCACCAACAACAUUGACAGUUAGUUUUGCCACAAGAAUUGGUAAAAAGACAUUCAUAGAUGGAUUGCAGAAAGAACACCAGGGUUGUGACGAGCCCAUAAACUAGUUUAUUAAUUUGAUAUCACAGAUGCUGAAUGUGUUGUAUUUGGGUGAUUGGCAUCUUGUCAGAUUGUGUUCCUGUGGAUCCUGUUCAAUUUCUAUUGCUCUUUUCGAAUGCUUUUUCUCUUAUCUAGGUUUUGUAAUGUUUGAAAUGUGCUGUGUGAUCUUCAAUUUAAUGUUGAGUAUGACAGAAUGCUCCCCAUAUGAAUAAGUCUUGUUUUGUCAUUUUGUCAUCUACUUUUGAAAAACAUAGAGUUUGCUGUGCAGUGUAAAACACAGAUUUUAUACCGUGCUGUUACUUGUACAAAGCUAUGCAUUAGCAAAGUGGAGGUACUAACCUGCACAUGACAGAAACAAACUAAAAUUCCACAUCUUUAUUUUAAAAUGUACUGUCUUCUAUAGUGUUUCGUAUUAGUGUAUCACAAUGAAUAUCACAUGUGGCUGGUGACUGCGGUUGUUUCUUCAUCCAUCUGCUCUCUUUGUGCGCAUCGCGGAAAUUUUUAGUUUUUCUGUUGUUUGGAUCACUUUGUAUUGCACAGCUAUUACUCCCAUCAGAGACAUUGUUAUACAAUUUGUGCCACAAUUAUUCAUUGUUAUAUAGUUAUAGGUUGUGCAAGCUACAAAAGUGACAAAGCACAUAAUUUUUGCUUCGAUUUUGCUACUUGUGAUUUGAUGUGUGUGCUGACUACACUUCUGUGCAAACAUGUGAGCAAAUGUGUUGAAUGCGUUGCAAUGUGUUGACAAAUGUCAUGACAAAUGUGAUGACAAUGUGUGGACAAAAAGUAGGGUGGUAUAAAUAUUGGAUUGUGUAUGAGCUAUUCAAGUGUUGUGAUUUUAGAUAGCCAAGGCAAGAGCGUGUGAACUCAACAUGUGUGUUUCUAAGCUUUUCAUGGUUUUGCUAAGUGCUUGCACUUAUUUUACAUACCACUGGAUACCUAGCAGUAUAAUUUGUUAUAAAUUGGCAGGAUACUGACAGACUUUUUUUUCUUGUUUAGUAUAUUUGGUAACUUGUUUUGCUGGGGCAUUUGGGUAAUCUCUGAAUUUAUACUGAUUAACAUUAGCACACAUAACCUUCAGGAAUUGAUAUGAAUACUAUAACUUGCGUGCUGCUGUAUAAAUAUGAUGUAACAUUUUUGUGUUUCAAUUUUAUUGUAUGGUAAAUGGGGGAAGAGUGUCAUCAUAUUUACAGAGUUGUUUACUGAUUUCUCAGCUUGCAAGACUGGAUGGUGUAUCAACCAGCCCCCAUCAAAUUGCUGCAAGUACACCAAGCCAGAAUAGCUUUUCCCAAAGAAUGAUUUGUUUGUUCAGCAAUGUUGGGAAUUUCCAUAAACAUGUGCAACCUA